AUGGUGCCUCGAGGGAGUGGUGGAGCGGCUGGGGGGCACCGGCAGCUGCCGCCUCCUCCCGCUCCUGGGAUGAAAUACAUAUCUGCAUUACGAAAGAAAACAAUAACAGUGCUGUCUGCUCUCAUUAAGUGGUUGGAAAAGAAUGUACAAGUCCAGAUUUUUCUUUGGAUCUACCUAGAUUUCAGAGGUUUGAGGGUAACUGUGUUACUAACAUCAUCCCUGAUGGUAUUGGGAGCUGGCCUGAGAUGUGUUCCAGUUUCAGACCUAGAAAUUAGGAAGAAGCUGAUUCACGGAGGGCAGCUGUUAAAUGGCUUGGCGGGGCCAACUGUGAUGAACGCGGCACCGUUUCUUUCCACAACGUGGUUUUCUCCGGAUGAACGCGCCACAGCAACAGCCAUCGCAUCGCUGCUCAGUUACCUGGGCGCUGCUGGCGCGUUUCUAGUGGGACCUCUUGUAGUGCCAUCUCCUAAUGGAACAUCUCACCUCCCACUGGUAUCGCAGAGCAACACAGAGCACAUCAAGGACCGCAUUGAGGCUGUGCUGUAUGCAGAAUUUGGAAUGGUUUCCCUGAUAUUUUCCGCUGCGUUGGCCUACUUCCCCUCACGCCCUCCAUUCCCUCCCAGCGUGGCUGCGGCGAGUCAACGGCUCAGCUACAGGAGAAGUUUUUGCAGACUCUUAAGCAAUUUCCGAUUCUUGAUGAUUGCUUUAGCCUAUGCUAUACCACUGGGUGUUUUCUCUGGCUGGUCUGGUGUUCUGGAUUUGAUAUUAACCCCAGUUCACGUAAGCCAAGUAGAUGCGGGCUGGGUUGGAUUUUGGUCUAUAGUUGGAGGCUGUGUUGUUGGCAUAGCAAUGGCAAGAUUUGCAGAUUUUAUCAGGGGCAUGCUGAAGUUUAUACUGCUGCUGCUUUUAUCUGGAGCAACGUUAGCAUCAACCUGGUUCACUCUCACCUGUCUAAAUAGUGUCACUCAUCUGCCUUUAACCACAGCUACACUGUACACGUCCUGCAUUUUGUUGGGUAUAUUCCUCAACAGCAGCGUACCAAUAUUCUUCGAGCUCUUUGUGGAGACAGUCUACCCAGUUCCAGAAGGAAUUACUUGCGGAGUUGUCACCUUUUUGAGUAAUGUGUUUAUGGGAGUGCUUUUGUUUUUCCUGACAUUUUACCAUACAGAGUUUUCCUGGUUCAACUGGUGCCUGCCAGGAUCGUGUCUGCUGAGCCUGCUCCUCAUCCUCUGCUUCCGCGAGUCCUACGACAGACUCUAUCUCGACGUCGUCGUCUCUGUGUGA